AUGUCCGUCUCCAUCGAAACCACCCAGGUUCCCACCGCCCCUGUUACCUCCCAGCCUGUCCUAAUAGGACAACCGGCGCGUAUGCUCGAGUUCAGUCUCGCCGGCAAGGUUGUACUAGUCUCCGGCGCAGGCCGUGGUCUGGGAUUAACCCAAAGCGAGGCCCUCCUUGAAGCAGGCGCAAAGGUCUACGCUCUUGACCGACUAGAGGAGCCAGCUGCUGAAUUCGCUGAGAUCCAAGAGCGCGCCAAGGCCCUCGGCACAGAACUGCACUACCGCCGCAUUGAUGUGCGUGACACAGAGUUGCUCAACAGUGUCAUUGAGGAAAUAGCCAACACCGAAGGCCGCAUGGAUGGUCUCGUUGCAGCUGCUGGUAUCCAACAGGAGACCCCUGCUCUCGAGUACUCUGCCAAGGACAGCAAUACCAUGUUCGAAGUAAAUGUCACGGGUGUCUUCAUGACUGCCCAGGCUGUUGCAAAGCAGAUGAUUCGCUUUGGAAACGGUGGUAGUAUCGCCAUGAUCGCCUCUAUGAGUGGUACCAUUGCCAAUCGGGGUCUUAUUUGCGCCGCCUACAACGCUAGCAAGGCCGCUGUUAUUCAACUGGGCCGUAACCUCGCCGCUGAGUGGGGUCAGUACAACAUCCGUGUCAACACCAUCUCCCCCGGCUACAUUGUCACUGCUAUGGUUGAGAAGUUGUUCGUCGAGUUCCCUGAGCGCCGCGACCAGUGGCCCAAGGAGAACAUGUUGGGCCGUCUCUCCCGUCCAGAGGAGUACCGUGGUGCCGCUGUCUUCCUGCUGAGUGACGCUUCCAGCUUCAUGACUGGUAGCGACUUGCGCAUGGACGGUGGCCACGCCGCAUGGUAA